AUUGCUGUGACAUUUUCUUGUAAAUUGAGCUGUUCAAGGAUCUAGUUUUAAGUGAUCGUUCUUUUAAUUGCACUGCAGGUAAUUGCAGCAAUGUUGAAAAAACAUAAAUGUACUUUGAGCCUUGGUAAGGAAAGAUGAUAAUUACCUUAUUACUUAUUACUAGCAAAUCCUUUACAAACUAGGGUAUUAUUUGUUUGACAUAUUUUUUCGUUCGUUUAACACCAACAGAUAUAGACAAGACAACUCAGAAAAAGAGAAGCAUACAAUACAACAUUGCUCAGUUGACUCGCAAAGCAUGCUUGAUCUCCCAGGAUCAUCCGAACACGUUUGACCAUUUCAGAAGCGAUACUGCAGUGACAGCAGAGCAGCAGCGGCAGUUGUUCGAGGGAGACAGCUAUGUCAUACACCCUUUAAGUCUCUUCAGGUCAUCUAAGUCUUAAAAUGCUGAAAGACCAACGCUUUUAGCUUCAAUGCUAGUCGUUGGACGAUCUUUCUACUGAUACAAAGAGACAUAGAGCCUUUUACUCCAAUCUCUGAACUUGUAGCAUACAGUAAAUUCAAUCAUAUUAUUAUAUUUAGUCUAUAGAUUUAACAAGUCAAUACUAUAAUUAAGUUAGGCUUAAUCGUAAUUCGUCAGUAUUUUUGGUGUAACAGUUCUGCCUUGUUGGCGCGGCUUACAAAUAAACAUCACUAUUUUAGUCUUUAUUGGGAUGGUGUGAUGACUGUUUUGAACGUACUACACAUGUGCUGCUCCACCUUCCGCCUGUGCUUCGUCAUCGACUACCCGCACCCCCCACAACUCCACAAAACUGAUAUAUUUAUGCUAUUCCUAAACCUGUUAGCUUUAUUGGAUACGAUUAUCAAAUUCAAUACUGGUUUCUUCCAAGAGUCCAUUCGUAAUGUAGUUAUGCUUAGAAAACAAAUUGCUUGCCGAUACCUCCGUUACAAAUUUUGGAUAGACUUUUUAUCGUGUGUGCCAUUACAAUUCAUAUUAUUGAUUACCGGAAACAGAAUGAGGCGCUUCCAUUUAUUAGCACACCUUCUUCCUCUCCUGAGAAUAGUAAAACUUAGAUCAACUAUAACAAAUUUACACACUGUCGUAAAGAUUUUCACGUUGUCAUUUGUCUGGCAUCGAUCAAUUCACCAUUUAAUAUUGUUUGCGGUGUCGAUGCAUUGGUCCAGCUGCUUCCUUUACACUCCUGUUGUAUUCACAUAUUAUUGGACUGGGAGUAUUCCAAAAGGUUAUAAUACAUUUUUGAAAUCGACCGAAGCAGAUGCAGAUGGCGACAUAACUAAAUUUUCUAUCUGCCAGAAAUACCUACAAGCAUUUUUUGUUUGUCUAUCCACCUUUUUUGGUACAGGGUUUUCUACGUACAAAGUUAACAAUGCCGACGAAUUUGUCAUUCAUUCUUGCAUUAUACUCUAUGCCUCAUUGUUUAUGGUUUAUACAGUAGUAUUCCUGUUGAAGAUUUACAUGACCCAAUAUAAUUCAACGAUGCGUUACAACGGUCUGAUUAACCAAGUAGAGGCAUACAUGCAGCAAAAACAAUUCCCUAAGCCGUUGAAGGAACGAGUAUUCACUUUUUACACUUACAAAUACGAAAACAAAUAUUACAAAGAAGAUGCCGUAUUAGAUUGUCUCUCGGAGCAGCUCGGACACGAAAUCGUAAUGCACACCUGCAAUAGAUUUAUCCAGAAGGUAAAGCUGCUGAGGGGUUUGGCCGCCCACCUGAUGGGCGAGCUGAUGAGCUACCUGAAACCCGAGGAGUACCUCGCCAGCGACCUUAUUGCUCGGGCGGGCGACAUUGGAGAUUGCGUUUAUUUUAUUGCUUACGGCACUGUUGCUGUUUACUCCUUGAAAGGAGCAGAGAUAACGCAUUUAGAGGAUGGCGAUCACUUUGGCACGGUUGCAAUGCUGAUGAAGGACUCGAAGCGAAUCGCAACAGUUGUCGCCGUUGAGAUCACUCACUUAUAUCGAUUGGACGCCAUUUACUUCCGCCAGUACCUAAUGUCCAAUAAGAUCAUCCGGGAAAGAGUUGAGACUAAGGCUUCAAAGAGAAUGCAUGUGACAGUCUUGCUAGAUGAAGAGUUCCGUAGAAAACAAGAGAAGAAAUGGGAAGAUAAUAUUGUGUUUAGUCAUGAUUUUACUUAGACAGCUUUAUAGAAAA